UCGCGUUGACCCCAUCUCUGCCGCGUUUUCGGUAAAAGUGGGAAGAGAUAAUAGCAUUUUUCCAAAGGUUUGCCAGGGAACAUCACAAUCUAGGCACAAUCAUGUCCACCGAAGACUUCUACUUGCGCUACUACGUCGGCCACAAGGGCAAGUUUGGGCACGAGUUCCUGGAGUUCGAGUUCCGGCCGGACGGCAAGCUCCGGUACGCUAACAACUCCAACUACAAAAAUGACACCAUGAUCCGCAAAGAGGCCUUCGUCCACCAAUCUGUGAUGGAGGAGUUAAAGCGCAUCAUCAUCGAUUCGGAGAUCAUGCAGGAGGAUGAUCUGCCCUGGCCGCCACCAGAUCGCGUGGGUCGACAGGAACUGGAGAUCGUCAUAGGGGAUGAACACAUUUCGUUUACCACCUCAAAGACCGGAUCCUUGGUGGACGUGAAUCGCUCAAAGGACCCCGAAGGCCUGCGCUGUUUUUACUACCUGGUGCAGGAUCUCAAGUGCCUGGUCUUCUCACUUAUCGGACUGCACUUCAAGAUCAAACCCAUAUAAGCCAUGUAUUCGAAUGUAAGCAUAGCCUAUUUAACAGACUCAUUGUAUUUUGUAAUGGAACCUCUUAAAUUCUUGUACAUGUAUUAGCAAUAACGCCGUACGUUUUGUGUACAGUUUUCAGUGAAUAAAUAAUGACAAUGAAUAAUA